AGACGCCGCUGCCGGGACUCCAUCUAAUCCCCGUGCUCUUAGACUAGUAAGUGCAGGGAGAUCUUCCUUUGUUACCUGGGUUCGUGUCUUCCGUAGCUGGGCCUGUUGCUGCUUGCGUUCUUACGGUUUACAGAGAGAUCAUGCCCAAGUUCAAGCAACGAAGAAGAAAACUAAAAGCCAAAGCAAAAAGAUUAUUCAAAAAAAAAGAAGCCUCUCACUUUCAGUCCAAGCUAAUUACACCUCCCCCUCCACCACCACCCUCGCCAGAAAGAGUGGUUAUUCCUUCAACAGAUAGACCCCUUAGCAGAAGCUGGCUAAGAUCAUCCUGGAACUUCAAAUUUCCCAAUAUCAAAGAUGCAGUAAAACUUUGGACAAAUAGAGUGUGGUCUGUAUACAGCUGGUGCCAGAGGUGCAUUACCCAGAGUUUAGAAGUAUUGCAAGACACCAUUUUGCCAUCCCGUUUCUGCCGCCGAGAACUUCACAGUCUAAAAGAACGGUUUUGCAUUUUGGAAAGCGAAUUAUGCAAGCUCCAGGAAGCACUGAAGACUGUCUCAGAAAAUUCUUCCUGUCGAAGCUGUGGUCAAACAUGUCACAUGAGUGGUAAACUCACAGAUGUGCCUGCAUGUGCUGUAACCACCCCUGGAGAAUCCGGAGCUGCACUUCCUCCCACACUGCCACAGCCAGUCAGCCAUCUUCCUCCUCCUCCACCUCUGCCUCCACCGCCUCCACCACCUCCUCUGCCUCUACCUCCACCACCGAUAGCACCUUUAAUGCUCAGAAAAUCCAAUCUCGCUAAAGCUCUUCAGGCUGGACCAUUAAAAAAAGAUGGACCUAUGCAGAUAACAGUUAAAGAUCUAAUGACUGUGAAAUUAAAGAAGACACAGAGUUUUGAUGAAAAGAAGAAGCUUGUACCAUCACCAAAGGCAUGGAAUCCACUAGUUACUGUCUCUGACCUGAAGCAUGUUACCCUGAAACCCAGCUCCAAAGUGUUAACUCAAGUUACAAAUGUCUUCAUUACUCCUGGUAAAAGCCAGAUAGAUCUACGGAAACUACUUAGAAAAGUCAAUGUAGAGAGGAGUCCAGGUGGAACCCCACUUACCAAUAAAGAAAAUAUGGAAACAGGAACUGGGCUGACCCCAGUAAUGACCCGAGCUUUGAGGAGAAAAUUUCAGCUGGCUCACCCUAGAAGCCCAACUCAAACUCAACCGCUUCCUACAAGCAGCUUUGAUGAACAAAACUGAUGCCAACUCUGCCAGACUCCAUGUGAUAAUCCACAAAAUAUACAGAUAAAAUCACUCCAAUUGUCUCUUUUUUUUAAUAUAGUAGGGUAUGUAUAAGUAAUUAUUCUAAUACAUAAUUCCAUUUGGAGAAUUAAAGUAUGUAUGGAGCCCAUUCAUACUGUGGUGUAAAGUGGGUAUUUGGAUAUUUUCUAGUUUGCAUGUUCUAUAAGAGAACAGAUGGAAAAAUGGAAUCUCCAAAGUGAUUUUAUCCUGGAAUUACCCAAUUUAGGUUGGAGAAGUUGUUCAAAUUUAACUACAUAACUGUAGCUUAUACUCUAUAGGUGCAGUUAUAACAAUAAGAAAAUCACCUGGUUCCUGUUCAUCUUGAGUAUUCUUGGGUAAUUGAAAAGUAUUUUAGCCUAUGAAGCUCAUGCAUUCAUUAAGUGCUACAAACUUAAUCAAUAAAAAAGAC